GCACUCGGCACACCGUCGGCAGUCGUCGGCGGCGGUGACUCGUUGUCGCUCGGUCUAUGUACUGCUUCCACACGAUGGAGAGGGAGCACUUAUUGAUCCGCCGCUUAAUAAAAGUCGGAAUCACCGUCGGCGCUGUUGUCUAUCUGUCUAUGCUCCGACAAUGAGAGAGAAAAAAAGCUCCGAGCGCCGUGAGGGUCUCGUUCCAGUUUCACGGUUUUGAUCUCAUACUAAUCUACCCCAGAGUGGCGGAAUACAGCUUCGCUGUUGGUUAUUCAAGAUUGACAAUCGCGUGGGAAACAUGGCUGACCAGACAGGACUCGCACCUCUCGUUGCCGAACACUACAACAAUCGAGAAGAUGAGGGCAGAGAGGGUCGCAAAGAAUCCAGGAUCUUGCACCUCCGGAAUUUCAACAACUGGGUCAAAUCAAUGCUUAUCAAGGACUUCGUCAAGCGCGCCAAGGACAACCCGUACAAGAUGCGCGGCCCGUUCAGAGUCUUAGACAUCGGAUCCGGAAAAGGCGGAGACCUCAUGAAAUGGCAAAAAGGAAACAUUCAGCACCUCGUGAGCGCGGAUAUCGCCGAGGUUUCUCUUGAGCAGGCCAAGGAGCGCUACAUGGACAACAAGGCGAGAGCCGACAGACAGGGCUUCGAUAUCUUCGACGCAGACUUCAUCGUCGCUGAUUGUACAAGAGAUCGUUUGGUUUCGAAAUAUGCGAAGCCCGACAUCGUUUUCGACAUGGUGUCUUGUCAGUUCACCUUGCAUUAUUGUUUCGAGUCCCUGACGCAAGCGCGCUGCAUGGUACAAAAUAUAGCGGAGAGACUCCGCAAGGGAGGCUAUUUCAUCGGCACAACGCCCAACGCCUACGAGCUCAUACGCCGUCUCAAGGAGUCGGACAAUCUCAGUUUCGGAAACGAUGUAUACAGAGUCACUUUCGAUUCAAAAGAAGAGUUCCCUCUCUUCGGAUGCAAAUACGAUUUCCAUCUAGAGGGCGUCGUCGAUUGUCCGGAGUUCCUCGUGAACUUCGAGAUGCUGAAAAUCCUCGCGAAGGAGCACGGUCUACAGAUUGUCAAAUGCUGGACAUUCGAAGAAUUCUACAAUGAAUACAGAAACGAAGACGAAGGAUCGUUUUUAUUUACUAAGAUGAAUGCACUGGAAACGUAUCCGCCCGGGCACGGGUCGCAACUCUCGGGGGAAGCGGACGAUUACGCGCACGCCCAAAAGGUUCACGAGCAGACGAAGAGACCUGUGGGAACGUUAUCGAAACCUGAGUGGGAAGCACUGACAAUUUAUGUCGCAUACGCCUUUGUUAAGGAAUAAAGAAUCGCCUCUUAAGCGCAC